AUGAAGUGGCUUACCUCGCGAUUCCCGGUGAGCGCGAUAUGCGGCGCGCUCACCUGGAGCAUGAUGAUCUCAGCUGAGCUACAAGCAUCUGAAUACGAAACCCCUCAUCUUCCUACGGCUGGAAUAUAUGGCAGCAACGCCGUCACAUACCUUACCUCGAAUACUCGACAACCAGACUCGAUUUUCUCGGAAGCAGUUCAGCUACUAGAAUCCAUGAGCGCAUCCCCAUCUUGCAAUCGUGUGGCAGCAACCAGACUAGUCACCUCGUGUCAAGACCUCGGAGGUAAGGGCAACACAGAUCCCGAGAGGAAUCAAGCCCUCGAUGUGAUUCGAUCAAUAUACGCUGCACGAUUGGCAAUCUGUGAGCUGGAGGGCACCGGUGCCGUGAUACCCCAACCAUGCGUUUCGGUUACAGUCCCGAUUCCCUCACCAUCAAAUUCGGGGUUCAAAUUCUUUCGCAGAUCUAAGUCCAUGGAUUGCGAUGAGACUCUACUUCCGAAGAAAGACCUGGAGCAGUGUCUCCGAAGUCUGGAAUCGAGGCCACAAUGGUGGACAUCCUACAGCAAUAACAGACAGAAUGCGAUGAUCAUAUGCCAGGCAUCUCGGAUUGAGGCCGAGAAAGAGGAGAUGCUGAACCUUCACCAGUCCCUUGCGAAAAAUACGGUGAAACUUGACGAGGGGCUUCAAGAAGCCCUGCGGCAGGCUGCGGAGACCUCAGCAGAGCAUCAGGCAUUCCUUCUAACAGUUCAAGCGCUACAAAAGAGACUCUCUAGGGAAAUGGAAGAGAGGGGAUCACUCCUCCGUGGGCUUUUUGGGAAAUUUCUCAACGACAUCGAAGCUGGCUUUGACAUAGUUGCCUCCGCAGUUAGUUCAGCAUUGGGCAAGGUGCAAAUGGAGACCUCCCUCCUCAGCCAGAAUAUACAAAAUACGUCGUCAGAAAUCCAUGUACUGCAGCAGGUGCUGCGGGCCACUUCUGAAGAGACCGUUGCUCGCAGUCACCAAGCACUACGGGUGCAGCAGGAGAACUCGCUCGUAGCAAAGGAGCUCACAUUGGAUCUUCAUUCCUCACUACGCUCCCUGGCGGAGACGGAUGUCGCUCAGCUUUCUCGGCAAAUGGCGAAUGUUGACGUUGCCUUGGAAUGGCUUAUAAGCCGAUUAACAGUUGCUCUUGAGCAAGAAAGCAAGUUGACUGAGCGACUCCAAGCCAUGGACGCUUCAAUGCACCAAGCCCAGACGAAAGCAGAUGAGCUCCAAAGAGCCCAAAGCAUCCAGAUUGAGGCCUUGGCCGUCCAGCAACAAAUACAAGAGGCAAUCAGAUACGAUACUCAAGUAUCACAAGCUCUGCUGGACAGAGCCACGACGACAGCCGCCAACCUGCACACUAUAAUCGACGAAGCGGCAGUGAAGUUCAAGCAAGCCCCCGGCUUGCACCAAGGUGGUCUUUCCAUCUGGACAGUCUGCUUGAUGCUGGUUAUCGUAGUCGGCGCGCAGAAUUUCAAAGCUGCUUUUGGCCUGACAUUCUUCAUUUUCGGACACUUGAUCGCGACCACAGCUUUCCCCUUUUUCAAGUCAUAUGGCUCUUCGAUGCUGGCUGUUUGA